ACCUGACGCGCCGUCAUCGUCGCUGCGUUUCUCUUUGAACAAGCGAACGACAACAUGGCUCCCAAUGAUCGAAAUACAAGCCCGAUGCUCUGCUUUCUACUCCUGACGCUUUUCCAGACGGCAGAGGCGUUUGAUGGAGGAGACGCCGCGGCCCUUCUGCUGGGCGCGACCGUGACUGUCGUGGGCUUCUGCGCGUUUCUCGGCUGGUACGCGCGCAGACGAAACGGCCAGUUUUGAUGAUGGAGGCCUCUAUCUGAAAAUGAGCGCAAAGUGACUGUCACGAGGUUGCGCAAAAAAACAUAAUGCGGAUUCAUUGGAAAUGCACGGAGAUGAUUGACCUACCUUAUAUGAAAUAUUGUUUAAUAACUUUAUUGAUAUUUCAUCUAUGUAUCACGAGGCUUCCUGCCCUGCCCACAAAGUAGGGUUCUCCACAGCAAUACCUUGUCGAAAACCCUGUUGAAUGGGAGCAAGACUACAAAGUACGGAUGUCUUUGACUUAUAUGGACUUGGACUUUGCUAUAGAGAUGGACACUGGUGCCUUUGGUGUUGGUCUUUUGUCAUAUUACAAUCUGCACGACAAUCUGCUGUUAAUUUCAACAUUGUACAGUACAGUGGAAUCAAAGUGAGAUUGUUGAAUGGUUAAUGCUUCCUCUGGCAAUUCCAUAAAGUUCUAUAAUAUCGAUUUAUAUAGCCUAUAUGUGCUAGACAAAGGGAGGUGAUCAACUUUAAACCAAUACUGCUCUCUUUGUUUCUAUGUAAUAAACUUGCUUACUUUA